AUGCCAAAGUUCGUAAAAAGUGUAGAGAAUUUCCUGCCAAACCUGAGCCAGGAAGCUUUUUUCAGCAAGACAGUGAAAGUGAAGCGCGUUGUCAUAGCAAAUACAACGAUGAGAAUGCAGUGAGAGUGACUGAUCGAAGACUGAUUCGCGCUUGCAUUUCUUGUUUUAAAAUUUGUAUGGUUAUUUUAACUCCAGAACGGCUGAACUGCAAGGGCAGUAUUUCAUUUUACAUGUGGAAUGGAUUCACCGGUAUGAUUUGGGCUCUAUGCAUUGCAUCUCACCAAAAAUUAGCUUAAAAUUUUAAGUUCACUUCAUAAUCGGCCAUCUCAGUUUCUCCAGCUCGUGUAUUUGAUAAGAUUAAUUUUGGCCUCCCUAAUGAACGAAUAACAACUUCUGGUGUCACACCGCUUUUUUUUUCUUUGGUUUCGUGUUUCCAGAGUACGGAAAGGGAUGACCCUUCUAGGGUUUCAGAAGACGCAGAUGCCAUUCUCGACAGCCUUUUCAAUGCUUGUGACACCGAGCGCACGGGCCGAGUUUCAGUCUCGAGACUCAUCGAGUAUCUACGUAACGCAAUUUCCAACGGCACUGAAGAGGUAAGUCUUGUUUGGACCCAUAAAUAAUUUUACGUCUUUAAUCUCUCCAUGAAGACAGCAAAUUAUCAGAGUCUGUAUUUUUCCAUCGAGCGGUUUUUUCUUGCGUUAAAGAGUUGUAAAGAUCGCGCCCUCUCUUGUAUGUUUAUCGCACCUACUCACGCUGUCCAAAGUCAAUUUGGCAAGUUACAUUCAGUUUGUUACUUGACGAGUUGGCCACCGGAGUGGUAUGAUGUAUUCGUUUUGAGUAUCCCCGGUUGCUCUCGUAUUAGCAACUUUUAUUGGGUUAAUUUAUGAUUUUUUCCGUUUGACUUAAGUUGAUUUGAAUUGUGGAUUUUAACUUAACCGUCCUCGUGUUUACCUGAAGCAAAUUUUGUUUAGCUGUAUUGUACUAAGCUUAAACAAGCGAUAAGCAGAUGAGCUGGUUAGCGAGAAUAUUUCUUUUAUUGAAGGCAUCAAACAGAUCCCGCUGAAGUAAAAAAAAACCUUUGAACGAAAAGUUCACAUAGUCGCCUGGAUUUAUAGUAAGCAUUAGUAUUAUUUACAUUCGAGGAAGUUCCACAGCCACGUAGGCUGCCCGUCCUGAAAACAUCUUAUUUCGCUGAUUUCCUGUGCCUUUUUAGUUAGCGCAACAUUAGAGUUUAAUUUACUGUGUCCAUGAUGCUGUUUUGAAUCCACAGCAGACAAUUUGGGUUGUUGGUGUAUACUGCCAUCCUGCAAAACACCUGUGCAACAAAACAGUAUGGUGUUUUUAAUGGCUUAAAAAAAAUUGUUUUUUGGAGACUAGGAAAAUUUCUGGCACCACAUAACUAUAAAAGUGCUUUUAGUGUUUUUUUCCAGCGAUAUAAAUUAUCAAUCUGUUUUUAAAAUGUCAUUCUAUUUGCUAUGACAACAUCAAAUGCAUUAUUAAUAUUAGUUAUAUUAUUUUGAACUGUUUUAGGUAAACAAUAAUGAAUGCACAGGGUGGUGUUACAAUUAACAUAUAUACUGCUUCAAUGUCUAUCUUUCUUCCUUGCAUACAAGAUUAAUUUUGUUCCGUGUACAUAUAUACUUCAUGUAGAUUUGCCCUAAUUAUUGGUGUAUUAUAUCUAUAAGACAAAAUUAAUCAUGCUUUAAAAAUAAUUUCACUAAUAUAUGCUUUUGACUGGCUCUUGUCUCUGAAGUUUGAAAUUAAUUUUUAGAUCCAUUAUGAUACAAGUUUGGGAAAUGUCAGAAAUAAUUAUUUUGAUAAAUGUUUUUUAUUAUUACAGUUUUAUUAUUGUGAUUUUCCUUCCGUUACAAACCAUUUUCCCAGGUAGUAAUACCAGUAUUAUUAUUAUUGUUAUUGUUGUCUUUAUUAUUUAUUAUUUUUCACAAAUUCUAUAACUUCAAUAUUGUGACCCUCACAAACUGCUGGAAAUAAUCUUCUUUUCAGUGGCAUAUAUCUAAGUUAUGAGUGGACACUUACCUCUGCUAUUUAUACAGAUGCAUAUCACAAAAUGUCACAAUGAAUAAUCAGAUAAGGGCUACCUGUAUCUAAGCCAAUAUACAAAAUUUGUAGUGGCAUAGAUAUUUGAAGGAGGUGAAACAUUCCUGAUAUUUGAAGGAAGAGAUAAUAUUUUUGUUUCUGAUAUUGCAUUUUUCUAAGGCAGACAUGGAAAACAACAUCAUUCAUGUGAAUCUUCAUGAUUUUCCCUGUAUUACUAUAAGGUGGAAGCUUAUCUUUUGCAAGUUUGACUUAGAAGUCAGCUCUAAUGUAUCUGUUUACAGCUAAUAUUUAACUAGGUCAUCAUGAAAGUCAGUGAGUGGCAUGUAACCUUUCAAGCAGAAACAAAAUAUUUUCACCCCAGUGAAUUACUUUGUUUGAGAGUAAGGUAAAAUUUUGUUGUUUAGUGGAACAAGAGGUUUUUGAAUAACAUGGAUGACAUCUGAUUUAAAGUUUGAGAACAUGUUAGAUGUUUGCACGAGUAAAUCAUACUUCGCUAAUGACAGUCACUGCUUAAAGUACCUAUCUUCUGAAUUAAGCAUUAAAAUUAUCAUGCCUCCUAGUCACAACAGUUACUUUAUGAAAAGUCUCAAAUCUGAUUGGCUAUCAACUGUUCUGAUUUCAGCACUAACAGGACAGUGUAUUAUGACAGUUCACGUCAUGCCUGAGUAACUGGACAGUACAUGCCAUCACACACGUGCACUAAAAUGGCAUUUUCACUGCUGACAAAAAACUCUCGGAAUUUCAGAAUUCUUGUGUUUUAAUUAAAAAAAAGACCUAAAAAUCACAAAUAUUGUUAUAGUUACGAUUAAUAUAGGUAACAGAACAUUGUCGUCCAAUUCGGGCUGUAAUCAUACUGGUGAUUGAACAAAAUUAAUCGGGCUCCCACUACGUGGUUGUCCGAUUUUGUUAAUUGCUCAAAUGAUUACAGACCGAAUUAAACUCAACUCAGUCCUAUUUCCAUCAUUAAUUAAGUUGUGUCUGUGUUUCAAGUUUGCAGGUAAUCUGGAUGACUUAUCGCUGAUAUGGGAUCCUGAUGGUAGGGAUUUAGAAAUUGAUUUAACAUCAUUCCAGGAGGGAAUUACGGAAUGGAUAUCUGAUAUUAGGCAAAGGAGGUGAGGCAUAAAAUUAAAUAAUGGUUAUGUAUGAUUUAUUUAAUUAGUAUGUAAAUCAUACAUUACGAACCUUUGCAACAAAGUCCUCAGUGAAACAUAUGAAUUUUUUUAUCGCCUGUUAAUAGUAUUGGAAAGGAACUUCGAUAUAUUAAACUGCAAUAUAUAGAAUAUGUACUCUGCUGGCCAGUCCCUUGAGCCUUUGUCAUUUGUGUCAUACACAUAAAUUUUAUCAAAGUGAUUCCAAGGAAACUAAUUACUUACCCACAGGCCAGGCACUUAACAUGCCUUCUGAUUAAUUAGUUGUAAAGCAAAAAGGAUUUAGCUGUAUUCAGAGUUAAGCUAGGAAAGUAUAAAGAUUGGGACACUCUAGGAGACAUGUUGCUGCAACUUGCACCAGGGACAGUUCACUCCUUGAGUACAAUUCGGGCAACAAGUUGCUGCAACAGGUUGCACAGCCCAUGGCAAAGUCAAAUCCAGUUGAAAUUGAGCAACUUGUUGCAGCAACAAAAUUCUGUUGUGGAGACAGAGAUUUAAGUUAACUCUCCCAUAUACAUGAAACAAUUGAUGAUGAUGAUGAUACCUUUAUUAAAGUGUAAAAACUGUAAUAGAAGUGUAUAACCACUAAGUAGGGACACUAAAAUAAAUUAAAAAAGAAUAAAUCAAUUAAUAAAUUAAUUAAAAUUAAGAAAAACUAUGUACGGUAUAAGCAAGUGAGAAAUUCGAGAGAACUAUAUACAAUAUGUACAAAUGUAUCCAUUAUCUUAUAAAAAAUAAUAACCGUCGAAUAUUGAAGGCUAGCCCAGUUGACAAUAUGACUUAAUUCCUUCUUAAGUAGAAGUCUGUAUUUACCAGUAAGCUUUGCUACUGCUACAAUUUGUCGCCCAAGUGUCCAUCUCAACUUUCAAGUCAGGAGAACUUUCUUAAACCGUGAUGUGAGGAAAAUCAUUUUCUUUGAAACUGGGCAUUCCCAGGAUACCCAGAUACCCACCUGCAUGUAGCUAAAACCUUGUCUAAAGGGAAAAGUGAUGAAACAGAAUGGAGUGAGGAUCAAGGUCACUGGACUUAAUAGACCAUUUCAAGCCCUAGGAUUUCAAAUCCCAUGGAUAACAAUUUUUCAUUUCAGUGCCCAGAGAUCAUGGGAAACCAUCUGAAACAAUUUUUUGGUUCCGUGAAAAUUCAUGGGAACCCACAUAUAUUUCUUUUAAUGUACAGAAACAUUUUGUUAAACAUUCUUUAAAAUUAAAGAACAUCAGUGUGUAUUAUUAUUUACAAAAACCUUCCAUGUCUAUUAAAAUGUCAGGAGAAGGUCAAUAUAAGUGUUAAAUGUGUGUGCACUAAAGUGUCAAAAUUCCAGACUUGUCUUCAAUCCAACUUCUGUAAAGAUGUGUACUCACGUGAAAUGUUCACUACAGAUCUUGAAAAGAGAUUCGUUUCAUCACAGUUUCAACAGUGAUCUUGUCUUUUUUUUCAUAAAGAGUUACUGGAAGCCACAACAAUCUCUGGUCAUUCAUCAUCAGUUUCAACAGUGAAAUUUGUUUUUUUUUUUAUUUUCACUUGAUGAGUCAUAAAGAAUUGUUCUACUACACAAGUUAAGAAUCCGAGAACUUGGAAAAAUACCAUAUUGUGUAUUUUGAUCCCUCAGUCUGAUGAAAGUUAUGUUUUGGUUCUGUUAAAACCAUAACAGUCUUAUCAACUUCUUGCAUUUGAGCCCAGAUUCUUUUCAUAAAUGACCCUAACCUUUUCACCACUAAGGGCUGGUUUUGAGACAAAUAUGAUUGUAACAGAACAAGCUUUGAAGUUAUUUGAGUCAUUAACAUGUUUGGAGAACGGCACAUUGUUACCGUCUGGCGUUACAGAUUUUGCAGCAGGGUUUGGUUACUUUCUUUUCUCUGACUGUGGGUCACAAGAAAAUCUUAGUUGUACUUGUGAGUGUUUUUGUAUGAGUUUCAGUCCUGUCGAGUUGAUGAAACAAAUAUCAUAUGGUUUUCGGCAAGCAAGUGUCUAUACAGUAUGUGCUAGUUAAUGUCCAGUGAAACAAAUAUCAUAUGGCAAGAAAUUUGUAAUGCAAAUUAGCCAGAUUUAUUAAGAGAAGGGUCUACAGGGGUUUGAUUAAGCAUUGGAGAUUGGAGAAUUCUCCAUCUACUAUGCAUAAUUCUCCAGCUAAAUUUCAAUGAAGUAUGCUGGCUGUUUAUGUAAAAAGAAAUGUUAUUCCCAGAAAUGCGUAAUUUUAGCACUAAGCCACAUGCUUUACAAAAGACCUUAUUUAAAUGCGAGCAGUUUUAAGCCCAACAAAACUAACAGGGGACAUGUAAAAUAUCAGACGGUUUGCAUGGAUUUUAGCCUUUCGAGGUCCUUGGGCUCUCACAUCUUCAGAAUAGCUGGUACUUAGAGGGUUAAAGGAGCCAGUAACAGUGGUACACAAAGCAGAGUCUGAAAUGAACUUUCUGAUACAGGCGCCAUCUUUCAGUUGCAAUGGCUUAAAGUGGUCUGGGAUGAUUGCAUCCUGUUGUAGUUAUAAUAGAUUCUUAGUUGCUUGUGUCCCUGUAUAUAUAUUUGCAUAUUUUUUCUGUAGACACAUGUGCACUUCAGUAGGAAACUUAACUAGUUCGAAUACACUGUUUUUUAUACACCUCUGCAUGUGCACUUUUGUGGUGAAGUAGAUGUCUUGAUAAAAAUAACUGUGAUUUUACGUCAAACUACAAGGCCAGCCAUUGAGUCCUCAUCAAGCAAGAUAUUAUUUGUUGAGUUAUUGUGAAUAAUAUUAUUAUUAUUAUGGCAACAACAGUCGGAUUCAAAACUUCGCAGUUGAACUUUGAUGCUCAAGAUUUAAAGAGACGAGUUUGCAAAAUUCAUGCAAUACUGCAAUCUAAUCUUAACUGGUUCCAUAUACAAAGAAAACAUAGAAAGAACAAGUUUUUUUUCAUUCUGUUGUCAAUUGGUAGCCACUGUGUAGAAGUCUACAACAGUUGGACAUGAUGAUCAUUGCAUGAAACCAGAAGAAAUUUGGCAUCGUUUUGAGAAUCCUGAAGCACCUAAAGUAAAUCACUGGCUGGGCGGAUAUCACCUACACUCAAUCAGAUUCGGCAAAAGAAUGAAGAAACUAUCGAUGGUUUUAAGAUACUCUGCUGGGAUCAGGGAUUUGGCUGAAACGAAUGAGCAUCUUAUAGAACAGCUGAUUGUUGGAAGAAAACACAAGAAAGUUCAAGGAAGGCUUUUAGAGAAAGACAAAGUGCUUUCACUUGAUGAAGCAAUCAUUGACCUUGGCUGAACACAUGAAGCUACCCUGUCGCAAUUGGAGCAGUUAGGAGGGGAUCAAAACUAGAAUAUUCAUGGUAUAAAAAAAACACUGUGUCGCAACAAGUCUAGGCAGUGCCCUAAAAACACUCUGUCGUAACAAGUCUAGGCAGUGCCCUAAUAUUAUUAUGACCUUGAACGUUCCUCAAGAACCAGAGAAAUCCGAGUGUCUUAACUGCCAGAAACCAAGUCACUGGGCUGGGUAUGUCGUUCAAAGCAGGAAGGUGUGAAGGGAAGAUCUAAAAACAUAGGGAAUUCCAGAUCAGGGAUCUGGUCUAGAAGCAGAUGAUGCCGAGGUAGAGGAAGAUCUUCAAGCACAGUCUAAUGAAAUGAGCAAUUUGAGUCCAAACUUUUGAAUCAAUUGAAGUUUACGCAUUUGUUCCUCCAAGCAGAGAUAAUAUGAAAGAUGAAGUGGUUGUUGAAGUUAACAUUGAAAAAGCAGCCAACCAUCUGCACUUAAUAAGGCAAAGUUAGGCACAGGAGCAUAAGAAAACCUUUUCCCCCUCAGAUUGUACUGUUGUAUGUUUCCUCAGAGUCUAAUGGUGGAUGGUCUUCGUAAGUGUGGAGCGCUAGCAUACUCCCCUACGGUACUGUCAUCUUAUGGUGCUGCCAAGCUUACACAGGGUUUGCACAGUCUUGAAAAGUCCUUGAAUUUUAGGGGAAGUCCUUGAAAAGCCCUUGAAUUUCAUUUUUCCUUGAAAAGUCCUUGAAUUUUCUUCAACUUUAAAUGUAGUGGUCUGGAAAGUGUUUGCCACUUUUUGGUUGUCUAAGACAGAAUAUAAAUCAUAGUUCAGAGAAUGUAAACGUUAUUUACAUAAAGAGGUCUAAGUUUUAUGAAACAAUUAACUAUUAAUUUAAGACAAGUGAACUGAAAAAUGCAAAGAGGUUGGUGAAGCAAACAGUUCAAGCCUUAAAGUCUUAUUAGAAUAGACUGGGAAUGUGCAUUUUUGUACAGUCUGAAAUUAUAUUCCUAGUAGGUGGUCCUUUAAAAGUCCUUGAAAAAUGGUUGCAUUUUUUUUCCAUGAACCCUGUUACACAAUAUGGAACGUGCAGUAUCACACGUGAAUUCCCAUGCCGAAAAUGGGUUGCUACCUUCUUUGUUGCUGACGCAGAUACUCCAGCCCUCCUUGGUUUGCUAAUAGCAUGUGACCUCAACCUUAUUACCCUCCAUUGUUUUGUGUAGAGGAAUUCAGCAGAACCCUUGGACGCCCAAGAGCUAGCCAUGCCCUUACAAGCCAGAGGUUGAAAGAAUUACACCCAAGGCAGCCACACCCUCAGGGGCGAGGCCAAGGGGAGGCACACCCAUGGCAACCACACCCUCGCCUGAAUUAGCUGAAUCACCCAAACCUGAAUUAGCUACACCCGCGCAAGGCACACCUGAGCAACUGGGUGUAUCGAGAAAACCCAUCCCUCUCAAAGACAAGGAUGAUUUGGUGAACAGAUAUCCUAUCCAGGGGAAUUGGAAAAUUUCGGGGCCAGUACCAGAUUACAGUGGAUAACUCAGUACCCCCAGUUUUCCUUGCUCAGUGACAUGUACCACUGAGCCUAUGUGAUAACAUCAAGCAGGACUAGCUGACAUAGUAUCACAAGGUAUAAUUGCCAAGAUAGAAGGUGAGCCAACUGCCUGCAAUAACUUUUUGGUGUACUCCAGAAAACCAAGUGGCAAGCUGAAAAUCUGCCUCGACUUGAAGGACCUUAACAAGGCUAUCCAGAGGGAAUGCCACAUGAUCUAAGCACUGAAGGAAAUUCUUCCAAGGCUGACAGGUACCAAAUAUUUGUCAAUAGUCUAUGCAAAAUGUGGAUGUUGAAUCAAGAGUCCAGCUACUUAACCACCUUUAACUCACUAUUUGGUCAUUUGUGAUUUCUUUGAAUGCCUUUUGGCCUUAAGAUGUAAUUGUUACAGGACAUGUUUCAAGCUAAAAUAGAUCAGACCUUUGACGGCUGGGAAGGUGAAGAGGGAUCACUGAUGAUGUUGUUGUGAAUGGCUUGACAAAGGAAGAACACGACCAUCACAUGCAUGAUAAUGCUAAAUAAAUGCAUAACCACUGACCAGUCUUAAGUUGAAUCCAGACAAAUGCAAGAUUAACCAGAAGAUCAAGUGUAGUGAAGAUGGUGUUCAACCUGGCCUUAAUAAAGUUCAGCCCUAAAGAAGGUGGUACCGCCUACCAAUGCACAGGAGCUUGAUUGUGAAAUGGCUAUGUGCAUGGGUCUAUUCAUUUCCAUGCUCAGAACCUUGACAGCUCCCUUGUGAGAGUUGCUUAAGGGAAGCAGUAUCUUCAACUGGACUCCAUUGCAUCAGCGAGCUUUUGACACAGUUUAUGAGGAAAUUAAUCUGGGUUACUAUGGCCUAACAAACAGGUGGUGGGUGCCUUGAGGCCUCUGAGCUACCCUGCUUCAAGGUUUUCUUGUAACACCCUGACAUAUGCAGAGUUGCGAUAUGCUAACAUUGACAGGGAACUCCUGCAUGUAGCAGUGGUGUAUUGCUGUGAGUGGUUCCAGACUUAUUAAUGGGGCCAAAGCUUCAUCACAGAAACUGACCACAAGCCCCUGGAGGCCAUUCAGCUGAACCAUCUAACAGCAGCUAGAAACUGUUAAGCUACGUGCAAAUGGACACAGCUACUCCCAACAUUGUUGUGCCAACAAUGUUGUGUGUUGUUGCAUCAGUGUUGCAAUGGUGUGCAAACAGAUGCGAGAACUGCCGACAACAUUCAACAGGGUGUGCAAGUGGACGCAACAUGUAACGUCCAACAAUAAUGUGUCCAUUUGUAUGGGGCUUUAAAAAGCAUGGCAUGUUUAUUAUAAGCAUGCAGUGACAUGAAUGCUAUGGGUGGACUACCGAACCUUAACUGAGUAGGGAUAAUGAGAGCUCAUGGAUCUGGUGAUAUGAACCACAACAGCAAGAAGCUCAUUAUUCAUUUCUGUAAGAUGAACAGCCUCAUUAUCACUGGUACCAUUGGUACCAUGCCACAUGGACUCUCCCCAGUGGCAGAUAUCACAAUUGCAUUGACCAUAUGCUCAUGCACAAGCACUUCAGGAAGUCUGGCUGUGAUACCAGGGUUAUGCAGUUUGCAUAAGUCACCUCUGAUCAUCAUCUUUUGUGAACCACCAUGAAGCUCAUGCUAAAGAGGAUGAAGCAGCCAUUCCGUCAAUUCAGUAAGCUGUAAAAUCAACCCUUGUAGAAUCAGACACUAUGUAGAAUCUAUGCAAAUGCUAUGUCACAAACUAGGCAAAACCUAUGUUAAUCAGUCAUACAUUGCUUUAACCAGAUCCUAUGUUGUUUCUAUGCCAGGACUAUGUUUUUUGUAUCGAAAAUGCUAUGUUUUCGCUAGUCAAACGGAACCUACUUAAAAGCUAUGCAGUUUUUAAAGGUAGGAAUAAAGGAGGAAAUGACAUAGUUUCCACAUAGCCUAUACAUACAGUUUACUUAGCUUGUGGAAAGAGAUUUUAGACUUCAUAGUCAACCUCAUAGAAAAAUCAUAGAAAAUAAAUAGCCUUCACAUAGGACUGAAAUAGAGUUUACAUAGUAAAAUGGAACAGGGAACAGUUGAUUAAAUAGCUUUUGAAUAGGGUUUGCUUAGAAUUUAGAUAGCCUUGAAAUAGAAAAAACAUAUGAAAAACAUAGCCUUUUUAAAGGUGACAUAUACUUUGCAUAGCAUUAAAAUAGGGAAAACACAGAACAAAAUAGUCUUUGCAUAGGUUUGAAAUAGGAUUUUAAUAGUAUUUGAAUAGGUAAAACAUAUCACAUACACAAGCUUUAACUAGAGUUCAAACAGAAAUUACAUAGAAUUGACAUAGUCUCUUAUGUAUGUAGGUUUCGAUCUGCUUUAUAAGCAAAUGUAGUGUUUAAAAUACGUUCGAAAAAAUCACCAAAAUAGUAAAAAUAGUAUAAACAUAUGAAUUAGAAUCCCUUUUACAUUGGUAAGAAAUAGGUUUUGAAACAAAACAUUGAAAAACUAUGGCAAUAUAAUACCACGAACAUAGUAACACAAAUGCAGUAUUUUCAUGGAGGUUUUAGAAUCGAAACCCCAAGUUUAAGUUUGCUUAUCGUGUAGACUUUUUGCUGAUGUCGUGCUCUUCAGUGCCAUACAGUUUCCUUUUGACUGCAACGAAUAAGUAUCUGCAAACAGAAAAGUGGAGAUUUUAAGGCAAAUGAACAUAAAAUUAAAAACAACCCGACGUUUUAGAAUUGAAACGAAGGAGUAUCAAAGCGUGAUCGACCGAUCCUUGUUCAGAUACGCGAAAAGGGGAGACAACACAAGCAAAUCGAAACUUAAUUGAGAAAAACAUCACUUACCAACGUCAGGAAUACUUUUUGUUGAACCUGGCAGGAAAAAGACUGGAAAUUGAAGUAAAAAGAAGCGUCUUCUUGUAAAAACGCACGCUUACAGCUCGUCUUCUUUGACUUGAAAGCGCCCGCGUGGAAACAGACAAUUUUCACACCUUUUCAUUGGUUGAAAAGGCCCACGUGAUGAUAAAACACAAAAUACGCAUGUGUUGAACUCACGGGCUUCCCUGGGAACUAGUGGAAACAAAAUGGCGGACAAACACCCACCUAGGCAGGUAGCGUUCCGCAGUUUUGACCAUGCAGUUAUAUUCAGGAGACGUCCACAAUCAAGACGAAGGAUCGAAGCCAAUGUAAAAGAAGAAAAUGAUGCAUGGCAGUAUCAUUUCAAGUGAAGAAACUCUUGGGAAAAGCUAGAAAGGAAAGUUAAGACAGGGGUGAUGGAUGUAGCGAUUCAAUGCUCAACAAAAAUCUUCUCACUAAGAAACUAUCUGCAAGCACAAAAAAAGAUUAUAGUACAUGAUUUUUCAGUGUUUUAGUUUAACACACUGCUUUUUACUUUGAAAGUAUGCUUAGCCUUCUGUAAGCGCUACCAUCGACAUGCCUAGUCACUUAAAAGCUAUGUUGGAAUAUCACAUAGGAAACGCAUAGACUACAUAUAUUUUUCAUAUGAGUGACAUAGGAAAAAAUAUGUUUAUGUAAAAGCUAUGUAGCCUUUAUCUCAUGAUAAAGCUAAUUGAAAAUGUCACAUAGUGAAUACAUAGGCUGCAAAUAUGUUUCAUCACAUAGCAUAGAAUAUACAUAGCACUAUGUAAAAGCUAAGAAACUUGUUGGAAAUAAAAGUGAAGAUCGAGAUGCUAUGUAAAAGCUAUUUUACUUUGAUGCAUAGUGAAUACAUAGGAUGCUAAUCGGAAGGAAAAGCAGAACUUUCUAUUGCAUAGUAAAUACAUAGCUAUGUCAAGACUAUGAAAAGAUUUUGAAUAGUAUUUGCAUAGUUAUUCAAAAGCUAUGUGCUUUUCAAAUAGCCUAAACAUAGUUUCAACAUAGAUUUUGCAUACUUUGGACUAUUUUGUUUGGUGUGUUACAUAGUUAAUACAUAGGCAGUAGUGAACAUAACAUAGCUGAAACAUAGUCCAACAUAGUAAACAAAUAGCAUGAGCAUAGGUUUUGCAUAUGUCUGGUUCUACAAGGGAACCCAUCAGCAAUGCUUUUGCUGUUGAGCUAUGAAAUAGAUAUGUGGUUCUUAAGGCAAUUGAUGAAGAUCCAAGUAGUAAUGCACAAUGGAAAGAGCGUUUUGAGGAGGUACUGAACAGAGAUUCACCAGUGAGAGAACCCCAUCACGAUUGACUGCCACCCAGUGUAGGAAAUCAAGAGUAUCAGCACUGAACCCCCCAGUUUGGAGGAAGUCAAGCAAGCAAUUCUCUCUUGUUAAGACAGUAAAAUGGGCAAUGUGGAUAACAUGGUGGCCAAGCUCUUGAAGGCGGAUCUGGAUAUUUUAGUGCACAAGGUGCAUGGCAACAUCAAGGGUUUUGGGGAAGAAAAGUGAUCCAAGAGCAAUGGUUAAAAGGUUUAAUAAUGUGAAUAUUGAUCCCAAAGAAGGCAAGGGAAGGUGCUCGGUGAGAUUGUCACAAGAAGGAUGAGGGAAGGUACAAGUGUGAAGCCAAGACAAUAGCAGGCUGGAUUCUUGGAAGGUAGAAAUACCAUAAUGCAGAUUUCUAUAUUGUGGAAUAUGAUAGAGUAGGCAUUUGAAUGGAAAUCCUCCUGGUAAUCCACUUCAUUGACUCUCAGAAAGCUUUUGACUGUCUUCGUAGAGAUGGCCGUUUGAACAUUAUGCGAUCACACAGCAUCCCAGUGAAGCUUAAUCUUAACAUCAUCAAAUUGCUUUACAGGGUGCUGAGAGUGCUGUCCUUGAUAAUUAAUGGACCAACAUCAGACUGUUUUAUCACUGGGGUGAAGCAAGACUGUGUGUCGAUGUCUGGAUUCCUCUCCUAAUCAACAAUUGACUGGGUCAUGCAACAAAUGACUGACAACACCAGAACCGGUCUAAGUUUGAAGAUGAUAGAGUAACCAGAAGAUGUAGAUUUUACAGAUGAUAUUGCUCUCAUCUCUUGUAUUACAAAACAGAUGUGAAGGAAAGCCAUCAAGCUUGAAGACACAGCCAGUAGGAUUGGCUUAUGAAUCAGCAGAAAGAUGAUGGAAGUCCUUAAGUUUAAUUUCAGAGGUAGGGGGGACAGGGUCAGGUUUAGCGAUGGUGAGGAGGUAAAGGAGGUCAGUGACUUUUUUAUUCAAGUAAAAUAGUCGUUAAUGAGGGAGGAGCAGUCAAGGAUAUGCAGAACAGAGUGGCAAAGGGGAAGUCCACAUUUGGCAGGCUUAAGAAGAUCUGGAGUUCCCAGCAGUAUGGAAAGAAGGUCAAGAUAAAGAUGUAAAACCAGUCUAGCUUACUCUAUGUUUGCUAGACGUGGAAGUGUCCCUGACAACAAAAAGCUGUCCUCAUUCCAGUAUGUAUGCUGCAAGAGGAUAAUGCUUUAAACUGGCCCAAUGUGGUUUUUCUGUUGAUGAGUUGAACAAACUAUGUGCUUGUGAAAGGAUAAAUAUAUUAGUGAAGAGGAGACGUUAAAAGUGUCUUGGACAGUGUGUCACAACACUGUCUUGGGCCCCUGAUGGAAAGUGUAAAAGUUAGGUGCCCAAGGACAUAAUGGUGUAGGACUGUAGUAAAGGAAGAGAGCAGAGACCAGACGGUGGUCAUGGGAUCAAGCAAGAGCUUGUGCGAGGGAUAGGGCAGAUUGGUGGAGAAGUGUGGAGGCCAGCAAAAUAGUUAAAUCUCAUUUGAAAAGACAAUAUAGCUUUUCGAUAUUUAACUUUUAAAUAUUAUUAUUUUCAUUUUGACUUACGCACUGAUUUGUCCUAGUUUAUACUAACGUCAGUGCACUUCUAAAAACAAGUAUAGUGCUGUCAGCUGGGAAAUAGCAUAGUAAUUGACUGUGCAUUUAACCCAAAAUAUUUGCAUCCUUAUUUCAUUUUAGUUUUGUCAAUGCAGAAGAUGAUGAAUGCCCUUCUCCUUCUUCUGUUAACUGUAUGGUAUGUAAACAGCUCAGUUUGUACAUGCACCUCUGACUGUUGUAGUUGUUGCUUUGCAGCUGUUACUUGUGAUAAUUAAACUAUGAUAUUAUUUAUACAUCAACCCCUGCUCAGCUGAGUAAAUAUCCCACUGAGAUGGUGAUCUUUUAGAUCUGCUGGAGCAUGGUACAACUCAGUUCAGUGUGGUAAACCCACCCUUGGUUUUUUAACUUUGCUAAGCUCUUUUAAUUGGCCACGCCACCUACUUUGCAGUUACGGGCGGCAAAAAAAAUAAAAUACUUAACAAGCCGACCCUCACUUUUGCUUGACCGGGCUACAAAGCUAGCGAAGGUUUAAACCCUUUACCCCAGGGACACUAAAAAGCUUUAGUUAAUUUUCUGUACAUGUGCUUUAUCAUCUGUCAAGGAUUCACCAGAGCCCAGAACAAGUUACAACAGUCCCAAGAAAAUCAGUGAUCAUGGUGAGAUCUUAUUGCUCUGUUAUAAUGUAUUGAAAGUGCAGUACUGUAUGUAUUCAGGUGUUUGAUGAUUACAAAUUAAUCAACAUACACAUUGUGUGGUUCCACAAAAUAUUCAUCGUUUUAGUUUAAUUUUUUCGGUAUUUGAGAUCUCCUCCUCCUGUAGGAAUUUCCAGUACCUUCUUUGGGAAGGGUAUGGACCCAAGAUUGUUUGAAACAAACAUGAACCUUCUGUUGUUGUUUUUAAAAUGAGGGGCAAGUUCUCAACUGUUCUUAAACAGUAAAGUACAGCUGUACCAAAAUAACAGCAACACUAUAAAUUCAGAAACAUUCAAGAGGUGUAAAGAAAAGCUUAAGGGGCAUGGACAGACAAAACUGUAGGAGAUAAAAAAAAUUACAUUUGCAGGGUUGUCAUUAAGAGCCGGGGGCCAGGGAUUUUCCCCGGCUACUUUUAUUGGGAAAUAGAAGAAAAAUAAAACCGAAAGAAAUCCCUAGCCGUUUGAUUCACCGCCUACUUGUUGUAUUUACCUGGCAACUUGAAAUCUUAGUGACAACCCUGCAUUUGGGAAAUCUGGAAAAACAAUUUGUUUGAAAGUGUGAUUAAAUUUAUUAAAUCCUUGGUGGGAAUCACUCAAAUGUAUAUGUGUCAGUUGCAAUAGUGCGUUGCCAAGUUGUAAUUUUAAGUUUAGAAUUAAUCAAAGUGGGUGAAAUUAUCUAGUAUGAAAAAAAAAAUAAGUGCUUGAAUAUGUUUAACUUAUCACCAUUAUCAAAUGACAUUAAAUAAUGAUAACAUAAUACUUACAGUGUAUAGAAAUACCUGUAGUGAUAAGUGAAUUUCAAGAGAUUUCAUUUUUUGACCUCUUUCUUUCCGGUUUGUCAUGAACCGUUCAUUUAAUUGAAAUAAUUUGGUGAUAAUCACUGUUGGUACUUAAAAGCAAUCAGAACACAAUAGGAGAUAUUGCAUUACCUAUACAACUGCACUCUCUCCCUUAGUUUCAAGUACACCAAAUGUGAGUUCUGACAGUGUGGAGGGUGUUGGAGGAGUCUCUCCAGACAGGGAUUGGUAUGUACAGUCUGAAAGUAGAAACCUUGGUUUUGCUACAUUGCCCUGAUCCCUUAGAUUGCUAGACAGUUUUCAGGGACCAAAGCAAUACCUUAUUAUGUAAUAAUCAUUAUGCAACCCUGAUGCUCAAGGAACAUUUGACUUUUAUUUCAUCUCCAACUAUUAGCAGCUAUGAUAUAGUCAUGAUUGCAAUGAUCAUAGCUAUCAUAAUUAUCGAAACCAGUCUUUACACAAAGUAAUGAUCUAGUUCAAGUAUGAAUCACCCUCAAUGAAUAGAAUUUGACAACAACAGCUAAAUUGCAGGGGAUGGUUGCCCAUUAGACAACCAAAUUUUGAGAAGCCAAGCUUGUGGAGAUAUGAAGUUAAAAGGCCCCAUCAUCAUAAUCUUGGUUCAGAAUUUCUGCAGUAGUGAUAAGCAAGACUUUGAAAUAUGAUAUAUUCUUUCUAUCUUGUAUGCCUGUGAGAAUUGGUAGGUUGAUAUUAGUACAUCACCAUUAAGAUCACGAAAAAACGAUUCGAAAUAAAUUGAAAGAACUGUAUUCUAUGAAUGAAAGCACAAACAAGAUUCCUGGAAGCGAGUUGCGGAAACUGAUUCAAAGACAUGGCAAGCUUCGGAGAGCAAAAUUGAGGAAUGUCAUGAAAUAAAAGGGGUUGUACAAGAGCGUAACAUGAAUUGGACGAGGCACGAAGAAGAUAGCAUGAAAGGAUAGAGUUUGGCUGAUGAAACACAGUUGGACAAAUACUAAAAAGCGGUAGAAGGAUUAGAAAAGCUGGAGCAAAAGCUGAAGGAGCAAGAAGAGAGAGAAACUCAGGAGAAGGAGGAGAAAGCAAGACUGAGAUCAAGAGGAAAUUCGGAGCGAAAACAGUCGAGAAAGAGAGUUAUGCACGUUAACCAAAAGUUACCUAAACACGUGAUAACAAAAUUCCAUGGGACUUUUAGAGGGGCAAAGGCUUUGAGGGCCGUUUAAAGCGGAAAUAGACAAAUCAGACAUUGGGUGAGUUGAAUGAUUGAACAUAAAACUAAACAUUUAUUACUAGUUCUUUUUCUAUUUUAUGAUGAAUUGUGGGUUUUUAGCGUAGCAUUGUCUCGCUGAAAAGCCCCUCACGGGAGUGUUCAAUAAACCUAAACCCUAACCUCUAAUUAAUUAAUUCUAUGACAAACUGCUUACGAAUAUCCAAACGUUGGAGUCCAUGGGUAAGGAGAAAAAUAUUAGAGGGUAUGUCGGGCUAAUCCUAGAUAAACUACCAGGCAUAAGAGCUGAUCUGGUGAGGCUGUAUGAUAUCUGGCAGGAGUUGGGGUUGUCCCAACAGUAGAGGCUUUGAGGAAAUGGCGAGAGUCCGGGAUGGCAACCCUUGGAGGCGUGACAAAGGAAGAGACCCAUUGCUUCAAGCUUAACAAGAGGGUGGAAAACAUGGACCUUGUGUUAACAGUAAGCCAGAAGAACAAAAAUCAGUUGACCGUGACAAGAUUAAAGGGAUAGCGUACAGGAGGAAUUACUUCAUUUAUCUGACAAGUUAUACUUCAACUGUACUGGCACCUGUCACAGAGAUGCGUAUACACCACCACCUGCCAAAGGUGUAAUUUCGAUUUGUGAUGAGCUUUAAAACAAGCUGAUGCGAGCAACACGUUGAGGCCGUGUGGUGUACCCAGAAGUUGUGUUAGCAGUAGAUGGAAUUAAGCGUGGAGUGUCAGUGGACAUAAGAGUGGGGAGCUUCCGAGCAUCAGGAACCCUCACUGGAAAGCUGAAGGGAAAGCCAGAUAAUAAGGAGUAUAAGAGAAUAGAGAUGAUGAUGAUUUUCUCAAGUAAGAUGAUGUACAAGGUCCAAGUCUCUAACGUUAAAGGACUUUUCAGCUUGCCCACCUCCCUGAGCAAAGUCGACAUGGGAACUCUACUGACUGAACCCAAGAUAGGUGGAUGGAAUCUCCGAGUACCAACACCUCAAAAGCGGGUUGAUCGAUGAUACUGAUAUCAAACCCAAGCUGUCUAUAGAGCGUUUUCACAUGACGUCUCGGCGGUCAUAUUGGUGAUCCAAAACAAUGAAAGGGUGCCAUGGUGGUGUUUAAAACCAGUCCUGUGGGAGUUGAACACCUUUCUUAUGUAAACUCUUUUUUUUUGUUGUUUCAAUUAAUUCAGUUAACAUACAUGCUGGCUACGUAAGUGAAAACGCUCUUUACAUGUGAUCCUGGGAGUUAUGCCAAGAUAAAGUCAAAUUCAGUGCCAAAGGUCGGGGAGCCAAGAGAUCCAAUUGCAGAACUCACAUUGUUUGGCCGGACUAUAAUGUCCCCUGGAGCCAAGACCAACCUGAGCAGUGUGCUGAGUAGGAGCUCUUCAAGAACAACAGACUACAAGUAGUUGUGCAGCCUUGAUGUAUUGGGUCUAGAGGACACGUCAUCUGGUGAUUAACAGGUGGUGUAUAGUGAAUUCCAAGAGCAACUACUGCGCCGCCCUAAGGGGUGGUAUGAGAUGGGUCUUCUGUAGAAAGCUAGACAUCCUCUCCUCCCUAACAAUCAGAAAGGCAGUGUUGUAUGACUGUCUAAUCUCGUGAAGAAACUGCAGAAGGUGCCCUGCAACCUGAAAGAGGUUAACAGAAUAAUCCAAGACCAACUGAAAGAGGGUAUCGUGGAUAAGAGAGUGAGCGAUGAAUUACAUGAGGAAAGAGAAUUUUAUGUGCCCCAAAAAGCAGUGAUAACGGUCAUAAGAGAAACAGCAGAGAGUACCAAAAUGCGAAUUGUCUAAGGCAUGCCAGGGUAGCCCUUCACUGAUCGAUCACUUAGAGACUGGGCAACCUCUCCAAAACUUGCUAUGAAAUGUCCUGUUUCGCAACCGUCUCAAACCGGUUGCCUUCUGUGGAGACGUUAAGCAGGCCUUCUUCAGGUGUGGAUUCAAGUAGCAGAGUUUGACGCACCUUGGUUUCAUUGGAUAAAGGAUGAAGACUCAUCACAAGUUGAGACCUUACAAUUCACGCAGCAGUCGUUUGUCUCGACUUGUGCAGUCGCUGUUUCGUCUUGCAGGGACCUUGAAACAACACGUAGAAACUUACGUUUUUUCUUCCGAGAGCAAGUGGGGGAAAUUAUGUUGAUGACGUCAUCAUUGGCAAAGAUACUGUUGACCAAGUGCACGGUUUGAAAGGAGGUGCAAUGUCAGUUUUUUAGGAGCAGGUUCUCUAUUGUGCUACAAUUGGAAGCAGUCUAGCAGUUGACGGCUGAUGCAGUUGGGUUCAAGCCCAACAAAGCAAAGCGACUGGGGCUCCAUCGGGAUAAGGCGGGGGACAACUUGGCUGUGACUUUUUUCAGUGAUUCAAACGAAGCGAUAAAGUGAGAAGUGCUGAGGCGCUUAUCCUCUGCAUACACGUAUAACCCUCUUGGAAUUGCAAGUCCUGUAACCUUGAUGCUGAAAGGGAAGGUGAUUUUCAGAGAAGCAUGUGACUGACACUUCCACAGUUGGAGAAAUUUAAGGAAAACUGGCGUGCUGAGGUUAAAUUCCCACACAGUCUAACUUAACUUCAGGAACCAGUCCAAGCCAUAGACCUGCAUACGGUCUGUGAUUCUAGUGGUAAGUAGUUGGGGGAAGGGUAGCAAGAGUGUAUUCAUUUGUGCAUCAAGAUUCUGGUAUGAGGAAGGGUCUGUUAGCAGCAAAGGCACGGUUAUGGAAGGAAGGGUUUACCAUCACAAGGCUGGAGCUCAUUUCUGCUAACAAGGCAGCCAACGAUGUAGACAAUGUAAGAAGCACUUUGGAAGGAUUUAUGUAGUGUGGUCUGUGUAUUGGAUUGGAUUGCCGGUCAAGGGAACUACAAACAGUUUGUGGCACAGAUUGUUGCCAAAGCCUUUGUGAAGUGCAGAUGUGUGAAACAGACCAAAAUCCAGCUGAUGUGGGGAACAGGAGCAUACUUUCUGAAGAGCGUCUAGAAAUCUUCCUAAAGAAACCAAGCUGGCUGAACAACCAGAAAUGUAGACAGUGGUAGUGCAAACCAGUCCAAGUAAAGAGAUUGAAGCAGAGGCGAAGCAAGUAAAGAAAUUGUUCAUAAGGGCCACAGAUGCAGAGGACACUCUCCAUCAGAGUUUAGAGACACUUAUCACAUCAUGGGUAGCGAGAUUUAUCUUAAACUGUACUUCAAGUAAGCACAACCAGUUUUUGUUGAACUAGUUGUGCCACUGAUAAAAAAAAGUGUUAUUCUGGGUAGGAGGAGCUCAAACAGCAAGACCAGCACCGACGAGACUAGCUCAAACUUAAUUUGCAGAGGAAUGAAGAGGGUCUGUACGAAUGUAGAGGGAGAAUCCAAGGAGGACACUCUCCAUCAGGGUUUAGAGACACUUAUCACAUCAUGGGUAGCGAGAUUUAUCUUAAGCUGUACUUCAAGUAAGCACAACCAGUUUUUGUUGAACUAGUUGUGCCACUGAUUAAAAAAAAGUGUUAUUCUGGGUAGGAGGAGCUCAAACAGCAAGACCAGCACUGACGAGACUAGCUCAAACUUAAUUUGCAGAGGAAUGAAGAGGGUCUGUACGAAUGUAGAGGGAGAAUCCAAGGAAGCUACCCUAUCUACUUUCCUGAUGUCUUGUUAGCGGAGAGAAUUGUCCAUUGUAAAUAUGUCCUAAAUUUUCAUUGGGGAGUGGAACUUACGAUGAGUUUUGUUCGUCAACAGUAUUGGGUGUUGUGGUUAAGGCAACUCACCAAGGGAGUUAAUAGAGCUUGAUAUGGGUGCAAGAAAUUCCAGGUUACUACCCUCUUAAACCAGCUGGAUUGCCAACAGAAGGAUCAGCUCCAUUUGAAGCAGUGAGCGUUGACUUUGCAGGCCCUAUAGGGUAGAGACCCAGGCCAAACAAAGGAAAGGCAUACAUUUUGUUAUUAGCUUGCAGCUUAACCAGAUCUGUCCAUCUUGGGUUGCUGCCAAACCUAACAGCAGAGGAGUUCAUCAAGCCUCCCAAACGGGUCGCUGCAGUGCAAGGAAAGGGCAUCCUAGGAAGAUAUAUUCGGAUAACUGGCAAACUAUUGCUGCCGGAACAAAAUGGUUUGAUGUGGUGAAUUCUGAUGAAACAUAAAUGGCUUCAAAACGACUCCGCUCAUUAGGAAAUAAGGUGGUAAUUCGAUAUAAGCAGAGCCUUCUGGUGUAGUGUACAAUUUCAGAGACUUGUAGGCCUCGUGAAAUGGCAUUGUACAAGAGCAUGGGUCGAGCUAGCCUUGUGUGGAAUGAGCUUGAGGAGAUGUUGCUGGAUGUAGAAGUAGCACUGAAUAAUCGUCCCCUAUCUUGAUUGUGUGGAAGACGACAUACUGCUUCCUGUUUUGACUCCUUGUGUUAUGAUGUUUUGUCAACUAAGACUUGUCCCAGUAGAAUACUCAGAUGAAGGGGACACUGACUUGAGGAGGAGGGUGAAGUUUUAUGGACUGGGGGGUAUGUGAAGUCCCCGAGGGACAGGCACAACAUGGAGCACAAGCCUAAGGAAAUGAACGUCAAGCCAGCAGAUGUGGUGCUUAUUCGAGAUGCUGAACGUAAUGGAAGGAAGUGGAGCAUGGGCUUAGUAGUCAAGCUAAGAACAAGAUGAGGUUGUAAGAGCCGUCAGGGUCAGAGCAGGAAAAUGUUACCUUCUUUGAACAGGCAGUCCAGCAUCUUUUCCCAGUGGAGCUUUUCUUGUGAUCAGGAGCAGCAAAAGAGAGACGAUUCUCAGCUAGGUCCGAGAGGAAGUAAGUUUACCCCGUAAGAAGGGCUGCAGCUGUAUCUACAAUGAAUAUUAUUCUAAUUGCACACGACAAGGCCGUCAAACACUAAACUAAUAUCAUAUUUGAUCCCAAUUACUUGUAUCAAAUAGGGGAGGGUGUGAGAGUUUGCAGCUUGAUGUGAGGACGUCGUCGUUAAGAACACUUUGUUGUAUUCUGUCCUUUAUAAACUAGUGAGGUUCUCCCUAGGAGCCUGGGAGCCGAGGUUUGUAGAUAUUAUAAGAUGUCGUUUCAAGAUUGUGAUUGAUCAGCACAAAAUGCACAUGGCGAGAGUUUGUAACCUUUAACAAAAUAGAUGUAGGAGCAUUAAAACAAUUGUGUGUAUCGUCGUGAGCGUGAGUUUGUUUGCAUUAUUAGUUCCGACAUAUAGUGGGUAUAAAUGUUGCUGAAAAAAUGAAACAUUUUAAAAACUAAUGAGAAUUUCCAGCAGUAUACGUCCAAAAAUGGUAAGCAAACUUUUAAAAAUAAUGAUUCAGUGAACCAAGACUCUCCUCUUUAUUUGCUAUUUCAAUACAAAGGGUCUAAGGGGAAAAGGGGGUAUGGAAAGAGUGAAGAGGAAUGACAAUUCAGAAGUUUCAACAAGAAAGAUAAUGCAAACAGAGGACUUCAGAAUUUCUAUAUAUCUCCAUACAUAACUUGUGGCUUUGAAACUGUUAGCUGCAACAUUACUAAAACAUCACAUCUACCAUAGCCUACACAAGCCCCAAAAUUAUAACAUUUGCUGACAAUGAUGAAACAACUUUCAGGAUAACUUAGUGAUGAUCCUCAUAUUAUUCAAAAUAUAUCAUUAUGUUGCAAACAUUAUGUUUCCAAUGUUUUUUUUUUUUUCUGUAGGGACAGGUCCACUGAGCUUAUAAGUACAAUUGAAAACCUUCAGCUCAACAAUAAGCGUCUGGUAGAACAACACACUGCCAUGCAAGCUCAAGUAUGUCGUGCAAUCUGCAUAUACACUGCAAGCAACCGUUUUUUUGAAAUGCACUUUUUCAAGGCCUUUCUUAACGUUUGAUUAAAGGUCGAAACUGCUGGGACCUCCACUAUCAGGGCUGUCAUUAAGCUUUAAAGUAGCCGUAGCAAUAAAGGUUCCCCUGUAAUUUUAAGUGUCACCUUAAGCUCUCCACCUUAAUCACCUCUAACAUCAAGUGAGCUCAGCUCUAACAGGUGUUAUGGGUUACAGCCCUUUAUGACAGCUCUGACUGUCUCUCUUACGGGUAGAGCUCAGUUAUCAUAUGUUAUGCUACGCACUCAACAAUAAUGCACGGAAUUUCUCUUUCCAAUUCUUCCUUUAUACAGAUGGAAAGUACUGAAGAAGCAAACAGUCAACUGACUGCGGAGGUUGAGGGCUUGCACAAGCAACUGAGAAGGUCAGUAUGUCGUAUUUAUAAGGACAAGUUGAUAUUGUUUUAUGUAUUUUUUGUUUUUAUGGUAGUUACAUUACUAUGCCAAUAGAUUAAAAAUUAAUGCAAAGAAACCUUUUUUUAACAUUCGCUUAGUUACCACCUACUGAUAGAUAAAAGCAAAGAAAAGGACAAAGAAAUUGCAGAAUUACGACAAGCAGGUAAGGUGUUUAUAACGAAUGCUUGCAGCUACAUGGUAAAAUUGGAGAAUUUGUGGUGUAAAGGUCGUUGUUCGUUCUCGUAUGACGGAGGGGCAGUUAAUUGGGACAUUCGGUUAGAAUUUUAAGCGUGUAUGUAACAGUUUGCAGUUUUAUUUAACGUAGUGUUAUUCUUUUACCAGUUUCUGAUGCGCUAGAUGCAAACCAGUGCCUUCAAGCGAAAAUUUCACAGUUGGUCAGUGUUACACGUUUGAUAGCAAGAUAAGCCGAUAUAAAACUGUUUUUUAGAAAUAUACUUAGCAUAGAAAUCACUGAGUUUAGACACUUUGUCCUUAAAGACAUUUCCAUGUUGGGAUUGCAAAAGUGGGAUUUAUCUGUCUCUUCUCCCCUUAACCAAUAUUCAGCCGCUAGCCUUUUUGCGUGUUAUAAACAACAACGAGGAAAACAACAUCGGUAACAACAACAAAACCAGCCAACUUUGACACGGGCUGGAGAUGGGUAUCUUGUUUGACUGAGUUGUAAUCCUCAAACUGAGAACAUAUUCAAUGAAAAUGUCGCAACAGUUUGUUGCCAAUUUUUAUGUAGACAAUGACAGGGCAUGUACGUGCAGGAGAAGCCAGCAAACUUCUGUACAUCCCAUUGCAGUAUACCGUAAAAUUCCGAAAACAAGCCCUUUCAUGUAUAAGCCCCUCCAAAUAUAAGCCCCCCAAACUCGUAACACAAAAAACCCUCCGUUAAGUCGCCCCUCCAAAUAUAAGCCCCCGGGGGCUUGUACUUGGAAAUUGCUGGUCAAAUGCAAAGUAAACAAAGCAAAAGCAGUAAACGUCCUUCCAACUAUAAGACUAGCCCAAUCGAGUUUGAAGCGCAAAUUUCUCUCCAUAGAUAAGCCCUUCCUAAAAUAAGCCCCUCAAAAGGGCCUUGGAAUAAUAUAAGCCCCGGGACUUAUUUUCGGAAUCAUACGGUAUUGCAAUAUUGUAAAAUUCAGAAAAUAAGUUCCUGGGUUUAUAUUUUUCAAACGGCAUUUGAGGGGCUUGUUACAGGAGGGAAGGUUUCAUUUCAAAAUCGAAUGGGCUUAUAAUUAGUAAACAGUAGUUGAGCUAUCACCAAUAAAUGCAAACAAAACCUCACCAAAUUUUGUUACUGAUGAAGGGAUCAGGAUGGAUUCUGAAAGCUCUGCUACACUUUCAACAAAUUGUUGGUGUUUAAGACAGUGUUGUUACCAGACCACCGCGGCAUUGCGAUAUUGCCGCACUUUUUCGGGAAAUGUCGCACUAUAAUUAGCCCUAGGGGUCCCAACCUAUUACAAAACGUACGUAAACAUACGUACAUUUCCUUAUAAGGCAUCUAUGAUCUAAGAAAGUACGAGCUAUUUACUCUAACUCAGACCUUGUGUUAACAUCUAAAAAUUGAGAGCUGCUUUUCUCCCUCAUGAUCUGACUCCCUUUUAGCUUCUUUACGGGUCCUGUGGACCCUAGUGUAGAAAAUCUUGGUAAGAACACUGUUAAGAAUAUAUUUUUUUUCUGUAAUAUAUUGUCUCAACAGCAGAAUCUUCACUCUGUGGAACAAAACCUCUUUCUGCUUCCCAUAUUUAUUUUUUCCAUGUUUCUUCACAAUUAGGAGAAAGAGCGUGCCUUGUGUGAAAGUAAUAUCAAUGGGAUAGGAGAAAAGGUAGGUAACAAAGAAAACGGAAGUAGUAUAGUUCUUGUGAUUUACUCCCUCUCUCUAGAUGGCCUGCCAAUAGGGACCCUACCAUUUGACAACGGCAACACCAGUGAAAAUAAUCACUGAAAAACUGAUUCGUCCUUUUAAACUUUUUCGUGACUAUUCCAAGUCGCCCAGAUGUUUAAAAGGUGGGGAAUUGUCAGUUAGGUUGGAACUGAAGUGAGGGGACCACAGCCGAGCUCAGACAGAUACAGGAAAAUUGUUCGCCUUGCCGGUCACGUUCUCAUGAAAGCUAAAAAUUUGGUCAUUUCUCGUCUCAGUUGUACGGAGAAGACAAAGAAAUGCAAAGGUUUGACGCGUUGCUGUCGCCGUCUUAGUUUCGUAAGGUCCCUAAUGACACAAUACACAACGUGUUACACUACACGAAAAGAAUAAACAUCGUCUUUACGUUAUGAGAAGACAAGUCGUUUUACUGUUUUCACGGAGCAUUUGUUGACUAGUGCAAUAUCUGUUUCAACCAUUAGCGUUAUUGAUUCAUUGUUAAGAAUUCUAACCUUCAAUUGCAUGCACGAUUUCUCCUUAUUUUAGCUUCUAGAGGCACAGACACAAAUAGAACUGCUUGAAGAAGAAAGAACGAGGCUUAUUAAUGACCUAGCUGAACAAAAGGUAACCUCUUUCUCAAAAACAUUCCACUCAAAGUGCAAGCAUCUUGGCUGCUCAUUGCGGCGAUAGUAGGCUCAAUUUAAUUGUAAUGGUAAUUUGGUUACCCACGAAACACUUGAAAGGUGUCCGUGAGUUCCAGGUCGAAUUGGAAUUUGGAAGUGCUGAUUUUUGAGGAGAGGGGAAAACUGGAUGUUAACCCGAAGAAAAACCCCUCGGGACAAUAAGGGAGAGAACCAGCAACAUACUCAACCCACAUAUGCCAUCGACCCCGUAAUGUGAACCUAGGCCAUGUUGGUUGGGGGCGAGUUCUCGCAGCACUGCGCCACCCUUCAGGGCAAAAAACUUUUUUUUCACUGCACUUGUCCAUCGGACAAGUACUUUGCAGAUUUUGGUUGUCUAAACAUAAAAUCCACUCGUCCAGAGAAAAUAAAACCCUGCCAAAACAGAUUUCGAGGUUGCGACUUGCACUAUAUUCUAUGCAAGCUAUGGACUCCAGAUUUUACAAAGCUGAAAAAAAAUAUUGCUUAAGAUAAAUGUUACUCGUCCGGUUGGACGAGUGCUUUAUGAGUUUUAGUCGUCCAAGGCCAAAACCUACUCGUCUCAGACGAGCGGACGAGUGAAAGUUUUUUGCCUUGCUCUCCCUUCCUCCGUGGCUUCCCUGAAGUUUCAUAUUAACUGAAAGUUUCUUUUAAUACAACUCGCUCUCUGACUAGCUCACUUCGUUUCUUCUGGCAGCAAUACUGUAGUGAUCUUCAGGAGAUUCAAGGAGUUAAAAACGAUAUGAUUGCCAAGGUACUCGUUGGUUUUGUUGUCUUUGUUUAUAGAAUCUUUCCGCUGAAAGGGGACAUUAAGGCCAAUAAAGACGCCUUGCAUUCUUUAACUUAUGGAGAAAUGUCCCUUGAAAAGUGAAGGCCCUUAAUUUUUACACAAGUCCGUUCAAUUUGUUUUAAACACCUAGAAAAAGCUCGUUUGCAUGAGUAGCUCGGGUAAAAAGACGAAUGAAAUUUUAAUUGUAAAUGGUACUUUACCCCGCUCCCUUUCAAAAAAAGCCCCUUGGGCGCCGAUGAUCCUGUUUCAGAACGGAUAAAAAUCUGUGUGGACUCCCCUGAGGCAACAUCUUUCUACUCGGGUAUGGCAUGUAGCUUCUUUGCCUUUAUCCGAUCUAUUUCAAAUAGAACUUUGAUUCAAGGAUCUUAGAGUGUGGUAGGAUUUUCAAUUCAUCGUAAACACACUGCUGAAAACGUCGUGCAAAACUUCUGCUAACGACCACAGCGGCUUUAAUUCGUCUGGCUUUAGUAUCAUUUGGCACAAAAAAAUAGCCAAUCUGCGUGGUUCACCAUCAACGCACAGUUUAACCGCAACAGCAAAACAAGGACAGCUAGCCUAAGAAUAUUUUCUACCUCUUUCAGGAAUCUUCGACAAACUCUUCUAUGAUUGCAGGUCUUGCAUCAGAAAAUGAGGUACGUUUUCAGCAAUUUUCAAAUUACCGUUUCUAUACUUUUUCGGCAUGUUUCUAGAAAAUCGAUUGUUCGUGGAGAGAAAUUAGUCUUAAUUUGUAACUUGCGCAAGAGUUAAUUGACGUAUUGUUGAAAGGCUUCAUUGCAUAAUUUUAUGGCACGUAAUAAAAAGUUUUUUUUGGUUUGUAAUUGUCUCAUUCUUGUCUCUUCCCCAGACCUUGAAAAUGGAGAAAGGAAGAUUAGAAAGUCGUAUUUUGGACCUUGAAGAAAACGUCGUAAGGUAUUGUAUAACGCACUGUGCUCUGUUUUCUUUGAUAUUUUUUGCUUUACGUUGUACAAUUCGAUCCACAACGAAUUGUUUGGCUCAUUAUUUCAGACUAAAAAGAAAUGAGCUGUCAGCAGAAAGGAGUCAGCUGUUUCAAAAUGGUCCAUCUUUGACUAGCACACCAUUCGCCCGUCAGUCGUCUUUACAGCAGGAGCUGGAAGCUCAAGAGGUAGGUUUUUUUAGUAUGAUAAUUAACAAUUAUUGAUUGAGACUAAGUAUGAUGUGAAGAAUUAUUCAGCGUGAGGAGGAGGUUAUCGUCCGAGGACGGAGUUGGAUAACAGCUUCCUAGAUCUGCAUAAUUCUUCACAUCAAACGAAAGACGAAUUUAAUAAUUAUUUUAUUAUUCGUUCAAAAUAUUUCUAAAUUCUUAACAACAACCUUACCUCCUCGUAGCCUUACUUCGGCACGUUUUCAGAAUUUCCAAUAAUUAAAGGAAUUGCAAAACGGAGUGUUCACCUUUGCAUGCUAUUUUAUUUGAACAAAGAAACUUAUAGUGUGUGGCGCUUGGAAACAGCAGGGCAUAAAGUUUCAAUGCUUUACUGACAGAUCAGCAUGUCAUAUGUCCACAGGGCAGGGUAUGAAAGAUUACUAAAGGACCAAGACCUUAGUUAACUGACGCCAAAAUUCAACACACGCCUUUCUCAGUUAAAAUCAAGUUUAUUGCAUGCUAUGGUUAAUCCUCCCUUUGUCGGUGUGAAAUGUACAGGCUUUAAAAGAAUCGGUCUUCGUUGCCUUAACAAAGGUUACACAGUGGAAUUGCUAUUAAAAUUCCCCGUGUAGCGAAGGUUUAUGGAUUUGUCGCGCAUACGCGCGCGUGGAUGCCGAGUGGCAAACUGGGGUGGUCCAUACAUUUAAGCAAUAGAAAACGGCGUCCAUGUUUGCAUAACCUGAUAUAAACACGAGAGGGUGUCGGGAGAAUUCGAAACAGAACCAGAGAGCUUUAGCAACGACAACAGCGACGGCAACGACAACGGCAAAAAAGCAAUAGGUAUGAUUAGCAAAACAACAACUCUACACGUGCAUCACACUUGUUCAUACAUUACUUUGCCGUCACUACACCACUACGACGUGAUAAUGCCUAAUUUCACUUUUUAUGGAGAACGUAAACAAGCGACGAUGAAUUUCUCUUUCUCUUUCUUAACUUGAGUCCGGUCCCUAAGAAAUCAACUCCAGGGAAAUUCGCCUACAUUUCACUUUUUCUGUGAAUUGGAAUAAACGCGACAAAAUUUGAAAAAACACGAAUUCAUUUUAAUUGUGAUGUUUUCGCUAACGUCGCCGUCGUUGUUGCUUAAGCUCCCUACUGUCGAGAUGAGGACACGUAAUUGGUAAUAAUAACAAACUGAGCUACACAACCUUGACACAGCCCCUCUAAAAACAUCCAAUCAAAUACCGCUAUUAGUCUUUCGUAAAUAAUAUUGCUAUGCAAAUUAUUUUUAGACGUAUGAAACCAAAGGUCUUCCUUCGCCCAUGGUAGGCAGUCUGUACAAUUUGAAUGAUAGCUUAGAUGGCGACGUUUUGGACACAUCUUUAACUGGAUUGAAUCAAUCUUGGAUGUCCAGCCUCUCCUUUGACUCAACCAGCACCAAUGCCACGUUUGAAAAAUACAGUCUAACAGCAUUGCAGUUGGUAUGUGCAUCGGAAACGGUGGAAAAAUUGUAAUUUUUUUUGUAAUUUAUUUACCCACGGAGUAAACUGUGCACAGUCCCCUACUUUUCCGUGAGACUGUCGAGGUAUAGCGCGUUUUACCGUUAAUGGCGGUCAUCUUGAUUUUCAAAUGUACCGAGGGGGCGGGCGUCUGGGAUUAUAACCACCCCCCGCCCCUUAAGUAGAUUUGAGGUGGCCCUCAUUAACGGUAAGACUCGCUAUAUCUCGACGAUCACGGGGAAAAAUAGGGGACUGUGAAGAGUCAACCCACGGAGGACUUAGGGGUUCUUAAGAACUCGAUGAAACGUGUCUAUGCGUUUCAGAUCGAAUUGGAAUUUGAGAGCGUGGGGAGGGGAAACCGGAGGACUUGGAGAAAAACCUCUCGGAGCAAUGGAGAGAACCAACAACAAACUCAACCCACAUAUGGCGUAUCGGUGUGGUAUGGAAAUAUCGGUUGUUUACCAUGGAGUGAUUGACAAAAAUGUUUCCGGAAAAUCCGACUGGAAAAUGAGUAAAUGAAACACGACGUUUUUGGUCUUUCCAGCGGAAAAUUUUGGGGAACAAAGGAUGGGAUGUUACAAACGUGAAUUCUUGUUCCAUUGUGAAAUCGCAAUUUUUUAUACCAGUUUAAAGCCUUUGCAGCCGUUUUUGGUAAAAGGAACUGAAUUGUACAGAUGUUAAACACGAUCCCAGUCCUGAGUUUUUGCUCACCAUUUUCCCAAAGUGGAACUGGCCAUAUAAAUGGUAAACAACCAUGGCAUCCUCUCUUUCUUGUUUUGCUUUGCAAUAUGAUAACCUGAAAGUUGAGACAAUGUUCAUUGUUUACUUUUGUCUUACAUUUGUUAUAGGCUAGUGAGUUCAAAGAGAAAAAAGAAAGAGCGCUGCGGCAGAUUGAUGAACUGGCAGCACUUGACAAAAGUGUUGAAGUGAAAGACAAGAAGGAGGUAGUAUGCGCAGAAUGUACUGAUGACAGUAACACUGUACGCCUCAAAAGGGGAUAAAACAAUACUUUCCAAUAAAACAGCACAGUAGAUCAAGCAGUAAAGAAUACAACAACAAAUAGUAGAUUUGACAAGGAAAAAAUGUAAGGGAUUUAUAAAAUAUGUUGUGUCUUCAGCUAAGUUUAGUUGGUUAUGAAUUGUUUAUCAGGUUCUUCGAGAACAGCUAACUCAAGACUUGGACAAUUUUGCUACCCGAGUGUCUUCCCUCUGUAUUAAGAAGAAAGCCGCCGAGAAAAGGUACAUAAAGACAAUUGGAUGUUUUAUUGUUACUGAAAGACUUACAUUAUCAUUUUUACUCGAAACAGACGUACAUUGACAUUUACAACUUAAUCCAUUCUUCUGGCAUUCUUGCGAAAUAAUUUUUGUAUUCCAGCGUAGCAUGCUAUGCCUUGUGGUCGUGGUAAAUUAUAUAAAUACGUCUGUUUAUUUCAUGCUUUAACCUGACUAGUGGCGGUUUUUGUUUCUAGAGCGAUGAAACUUUUAGCUGCGUCAAAAAAGCUCAAAGGUUAGUGGGAUGGUAUUUGUACUGUUUUUCGUAUUUUUUUGUUGUUGUUGUUGUUGUUGUUUUUUUUUUUUGUAGUGUUUCUUUUAACAAAUCUUGAAUCAUUCUGAAUUUACUUUUUAAUUUCAGAGGAGAACAAACAACUUUUUGAUGAGCGGAGUAAGGCUUAUCAGAAACUUGGCACAAUGUCCCUGUGCAAUGAUGAAAUGAGUGCAAGGUAAUUGCAUACAGCUCAGUAAUACAGUAAUAGAGCAAUUUUUAGUAAAGCGUCGAAGUAGUCUUUGGUGUCCAAUCGCUAUUCUUUGUGAUCGGCCACAACGUCUCGCACCACUGUUUCAUCCAAUCAAAAAUCAAUCCUCCUGUUUUUCCGCGCUUCGGGUUGUUAACACUAAUUUUUUGUGUGUCCUGAUACGUUUAUUAUAUUGUUUGGAUUGCCAGCUGUUGAUGUAGGAGAAUUAGUACAUUGUCUUUACUUUUUAUGACUGUGAAAUUUGAACCAUUGCACAUGUAUCAUUCUUAGUGGGCUUUUAUUAUGGUUGGUGAGGGCGGAAAGGGGAUCGGCAAAAUAUAUCGAUUUGUCUGCUAAAUAUGAUUGAAUACUUUAUCCCAACCCAGUGGGUUCCCAUACCCCCUCCCCCCCCUCCCUGCUUCUAUGUUGCUCACCCCAGUUAUUUGGAAAUAGUUGAUAUACUAUUUAUUGUAUAAGACUCCAAAUAAAUAAAAUAUGUAUGUAUGUACGCCAUUUAAUCAGGUCAUAAUAUUUGAAAGCCCCCUUAAUCGACAGAUGUUGUACACCACGUGCUAUACUUUAAGGUAGGUUAGAUUUAUUGUAUCAUUAUUCCAAAACGUUUUGUAGGAUGUUAGAACUUGAGUCCAGACUUGAACAAGAAAGAAAGACUGUUGAACAGCAGAGCGAAGAGCUUCGAUUCCUCGAGCAGCAGGUAAGUUAGAGCUACGUAAAACACUUGAUCGUAAUGUAUCGUUAUGCAGUGCCAUGUGACCUUAGUACUUUAACGCUGCUGAGUAUUUAAUGAAAGUUUGUUACAGUCGAACCUCCACUAACGGCCACCUCUUCAAAACGGCCACCUCUGUACAACGGUCAUUUUUUAUUUUUUUGGCGGACAGUCCAUACAUUCACUCUUAUUUCAACCUCUCUACUAUGGCCACCUCUCUACAAUGGCCACUUUCUUCUGUCCCCAAGGUGGCCGUUGUAGAGAGGUUUAACUGUAUUAAAAAAGUUAACUUGGAGAAGUUAACACUAAGUACUCAAGCUAGUCAGUUUUUCUAUUUCAAUUCGCCACUUUAUAAACGAACUGGGCCAAGUUAACUUUUGCAAAGACGUCUGGGACUGUUACUAGGGACAGGGAGAAACAAUUGACCAAUAGCUGAGCGGUGUCGCCCCAGUAACGAUCCCAGAAACAAUUGCGAGAUAUAUUUCGGCACCAGUCCCCUCUUCGUUUCUAAAGUGGCGAAAUGCUCAAGCUUCUGUGAGGAUCAGUUUGUCGCAUGAAAACUAUUGAGUAGCAUCGAGCUAUCGUAGUAUUGCGACAUUUCACACAAUGUUGCAAAUGAAAAUUUGCACAAGUUGUGAACACAUGAUGCAGUUUAGCGAGUUAGAUGUUUUCCGGGGCUGUGAAAAUCGACUUUUGAGAAACCCUUAUUGUCUUAAUAAACCUUUUCUCUUGCUUUCCUCCCCAGUUAUCAGCAGUCACCGAGGAUCUGUUUAAAAUGAGGUAGGUUUUGCUGCUGUUUUAUACAAUCUGGUCGUGGAUCAUAUCCACAAUAGAGCCAAACUGUGAUUAAAAAGCGCUUUCUUGAUAUUUUGAUUUUAAGCUGAAUAAUUAUUGAAAACGUCGUUGCAAGAUAUGCAGAGACAGUAUAUAAAAGCAGCAAUCUGUCUUAAGAAAGAAACUCCAAUAGUGAAAUGACAUACCUGCAAUCGCCUACAGUAAGCAAGUUAAAAAGCUUCUUGCACAAGGUUAUAGAAAGUCAAAUUACUUUGUCAUUCGUUUGCCGUUUGCAGGGAUGAGAAGGAAAACCUGUCGAGGUCUCUUGAAUAUGAGGUAAAUAACAAAUCGUGUUAUAUGUAUUAAAAGGUCUUAAGAAUAGUAGAAGAAAACAGCUCAAAAUUUUAGCUUUGAUGGUCAUGUUCUAGCCUCCAAUUCUUCCGUACUUAUGUCUCGUGUCUUGCCAUUUUUUGCAGAAACGUCUAAGUUCGUCGCUGGAAGAAGAAAUUGUGACACUAAGAAAGUAAUGCAUUGCUUCUUUUUAUCUUAAGUGUUUGUUUUAGCUCUUUAAAUAGCAUUUAUAGGCCAGUAGAAAUAAUAUUAUAGGAUAUAGCACAAUAGGUCUUGUGAGCUCGCCCUUUUGAAAAAGUCUUGAAUGUUUCAGUAGUGACUAUGGUGAACGGUAAAUGCCUCAGUGUUAUUUGUGCAAACUUAAAACCUUGGUAGUUAUGUUGAACUGCAACAUGGCUUACAACAUGUUUAAAAUUCAGACUACUAUAACAACUGUCCCUUGACGGUCCUGCUUUCAUGGCACCUACAACAAUUCUGACGGGCUUUUUGUUUCCACUAUUAUCAUUAUUGCAGCCCAUAGAUAUAAGAGGGUCUAGUUCACGUGACUUACUGCAAUAAGCCUGUUGCUUUUAGAAUUGUUUCAUUGUCACACCCUUAAUAUAGCGUGUUCUUGUUAGUGCUUAACGUGUUUGUCUUGAUAUUGUGUGUCCCUUGUUUUGUAUAUUUGCAGGAGCCAAGAUGAGUUGGAAAGCCAACAGACGCUUUUGUUGGGUAAAAGUUGCAUGAACAAAUUAGUAUUUAGUACUGUGUGUUAUUGACUUCAUUACAAAGCAGCUUCUACAUAAUUUUCGUGGUAAUCGUUUCUUGUGUUUCUUCAUUCAGUGAAAAUCAAAGAACUAGAAAGUGAAUUGCUGAAAACUACUUCACAACUUGGCGUGGAAAAAAGAAGAACUUCCACACUGGAGGUGCGUCAUACUGCUUACUCCUGAACUGGUUUUCACUAAAGGGGACUGAUAGGAGGCGGAAGGGGAGAGGGCGGUGCCCGGGGGGUAAUUAACUCGAGCUUUUGAAACAACUCUGGAAUGCUUUACAACCCGUUAAACCCUAUUGUUAUAUUCCUAGAAUUUCACUCAACUAAACAGGGACUGCCAUUGGUUGAUUCUUGGUCACGUGGCCUUGACUAAAAUCAAAUGUAUCCCGAUCGUGAGACAUUAAACAAUGUAUCCCGCUCGGGAUACAUUGCAGCACGUGAUCAAAGCAUGGUGGAAAGUGGCGUGACAGAAGGCGGGAAAAACGCCGCCUGGUCCUGCCGGUUUUCUUUUUCGUGAAUGAACACAACAACACAAUCACGAAGCCUCAAGCUAAAAAGCAACCAUUUUUAAAGUUAUCCCAGAAGUUCCCAGUCGAAGAAAAACAGCAGCUAGUGGAGGAAAAAGAUGCAGAUGAUAUAAGGAAAGUAUUUUUGUUUGUAAAUCAUUCAUUCAGUGGUUUUGAGAAUUAAAUUUGUGUUGUUAUAAGUACCGAGUCGACUGUUUUGGUUCUUUUUGGUUCGCUCCGGUUAUUCUUUUGUUGCUGUUGAAGUGAAAGUUCUAGAAAUAUAACAAAACACUUAAUGUCAGAUCCCUCGGGAAAACAGUUACUUUGUUUUCCCUCGACUUCGUCUCGGGAAACAUCAGGACUCUCGGGAAAACAAAACUAACUGUUUCCCUUGGGAUCUGACAUUAAGUGUAUAUUAUUACCCUGUAACGUAGGCGUUUUGGGGGUGCACUUCACGCGAGUAGAAGAAAUGGAGUGACUCCUCACCUCUCCAUUUUCCUUCUGCCCCUCCCCUCCCCUCUCCCCCCCUCCCCCCUCCCCCCCAAUUGGUUGCGCCUUUUAUUCACAGAUAGUACUGAUUCGCUACUUUCACAUUCCCAUAACACUUCUUAUAUAUUUUUGGCAUAAGCAUUGUUUCCAAUUUCUCUUGGGAUUUACAAUCCUCCCAAGAGAACUUGAAAACAAUACUUAUGCAUAAUUUUGGGGGGUAAACAUGGUGUAUUAUGGUUAAUGUGAAGGUAGUGAAUUGCUCGUUUUCUCCAAAAAUACGCCUGUAUCGUUAGCUACCCUAAUAUGUACUUGCACCUUCUUUGUAUGGUAUUGAUGAGGAGAUCUUUAAUUAUUCUCAUGCAUGUCCUUUAUAUUUUAAUAAAUAGAUGAAAAAACAAACAAACAAACAAACAAACUUGAAUUCUCUUAAGGAUUAUUAGGAACACGUCUUUACUACUAUGCUAUGACUUAUUCUCUGACGUACAGGAGUCCAUUCAGCUGUCCGUUUCCAGGCACUCGGAUGAGCUAAAGGAAAUCUUCGAUGCAAUACCUAUGGGUGAUAUGGAGGUGCUUAACAGAAGUAGACAGGUACUGACUGCAUUAAUUUGCAUAAUUUUGCUUUUCACUCGUUCACUCGGGAGUUCGUGCCGCUGGUCAUCCUAGAUACAGAUAGUUAGAAAGUUAGAUAGUUUGACAUGGCAGUUAAAUUUACAGCAGCUAAAAGGGAUGCAGCGUUCUAAACUAGUAUGUCAAAGGGGUGCCUCAAGUUAUUUGCGGCAUCAGGAGCAGAUGAUAUCAACUUGAAGGGGAUAGAGACCGCACAUAGAGUACCGGCAAGGGAACCAACUGACAAACCGAGUAACCUACGUAGCAGGCGUUGAAAGGGGUAGGGAAUAGGGAGGAAGGGAAAAAGGAAGGAGCAUUAAAUGUGCACUUUUUCCCUCCCCCUUCCCUCCCCUUUUUGCGCCUAUGUAAAUUUGUGAUCGAUUUAGGUUUCUGUCAAAACUGCCCACCUACCCCUCCCCAAGCUAACAUUAACACUUACUUCUCACUUAGGGCAGAUUGUUAGCUUAGGGGAGGGAUGGGUGGGCAGUUUCUCAGAAACCUUAAUUGAUCCUAAAUUUGUUAGACGCCUCAGGCUUAACCUAAGAGAAAGUAAUGUCUCUUCGAACGGAAGCCUUCAACUUAACAUGACGUAAUUUGUAACGCAACCCGAAGAGUCUUUUGCCUUCCAUUGCGCUCUUAAGACGUCUUGUCUUUUCCGAGGAGGAACAGAUGACCUUAUUUGUUACACUAGAUGGUGUCCAGGGAGCCAUUUUGACUUAUGAUUUAAGAAUUGUUUUAACAUUCGAUCACCGAGUUUGUUUUUUAAUGAGUGUCUUUGGGGAAGCUGCCAUUUUUACACAAGAGCGAUUGCAAGAAGGAGAAAAGCGUGGCUUCAUUUACGCAUGAGCAGAAUAUUAUUUGCAGCCAAAUACAGUUGGACGACAUUGCGUAUUAGCAGACCAUUAUUUGUAGGCAGUUAGGGACGGACCAUUAGAAAACUUACGGGGGGUGCGAAGUACAAAAAAAAAAAAAUCGCGCAAGGGAAAAUUAAAUGAAAAAAAAAUUCUUGCUCGCCAAUUAACCCUAAAAAAAUAUUCAUGCUAUGGCCCCAAAAAAAUUCAUACAAGGAAUUUGAUAACGAAAAAAAAUUUCUGCGGCUCGAAAAUUCCCCUCCCCCCCCAAUAAGUUUUCUAAUGGUUCGUCCCUUAUUGGUAUGUCACUUGGUAGGCUCUCGGUCAAUGAAAAGGAAUAAAAAUUUGCGUUGAAGAUAAGUCCAUUUAAUCUCAUUCGUGUCUAAAUAAACAUUUUCAUAGCGUGCGAGUGUUUACUAUGCAUUCCAAGUUUGCCAACAAUUCAAAGAUAGAGCGAGAUUUAGCGAAGCGUAAGGAAAGUUAGGAAAUCGACCGGUCUUGUCACAUGUUUGCCUUGCGCGCGCUUAAUGCACGCGCUACCUUUUUAUAUCGUCGCGUUUGUUGCGUCAUGAAUUAAAGCUUUCCUUUUUUUGCCUGGAGAUCGAUAACAUGAAGUUUAUCAGACGGGAUGUAAGGGAAUUUAUGGAUUUAUUUACAUUUAGAUUGUCUUGUAAUUUUAUUUACAUUCUUAGCCAAAUACUGAAAAGAAGACAAACGGCAAUGCUCGAAGUAUCUAUAAGUCGUAACUGUUCAUCAGUAGGAUAACUGAAAUGUGUACAAUUCCACAACUGGUUUUGGCUCUAUCAAAUCCUAUACCAAUUUUAGCGUCACCGAACAUUUAUGCAAUUGCUGUCCACUGCUCUGUCAUAGUAGUGCUAUGGGGUCGUAGGUCAGCUCUUCAGUGACAGCCAUUCUAAGACUUUUUUCCGGCGGCUGAGUCGAUUUUCUUGUGGCGAAGACAAAGACGGACCCAUUUCUGUGUGAUUUUAGCCAUGAUUGUAUCCAUUUUUUUAUCUUCUCUCAUAGUCGCCUCGAGCUUCGUCUCCAUGUAUUACUGGUCACAUGGUCAAAACAAAGUUGUUUGAAUUUGUCUCGCAGUCUGACACAAACAAGAGGAUACAGGUAUUUACAGUGGCUGACCUUUGUGCACUUUUUUAAUUAUCGUGACCAUAGACUGUCAAUGAUGCGAAGGCCAAAACAAAAGACGGAAGAUUUGUCUUGACAGUGGCGUUCUGUUAUGACAACAUUUGAUUAUUCCCUUUUUUGAUCACGUACGAAAAGUGCUCCGUUGCCAAGGUGUCGUAUGCCCGCAAACUGUCAUUGUGCUGCUGCUUGCAAUUGAAAUGUUUAAUCUGCGGUAGACUUUGUACUCUUCAAAGUUGCUGUGUCACGAGAAUUUACCAAAGCUUUCGUGUUCACGGCGCUCGAAUGAUGAAGGUAAACUCAGUGAUGCCCAAAAUACACCCCAACAACAUGAAAAGGACAUCAGUUUAGUCUCCAUUGUGGGAGCAGACCCUAUAAUUAAGGGAUUUUUACUAAAGUUUCCCAAGUUGCACAAUCCAAUUCCAAAACACUGGCCCAACUUUUUCAAGUUUCAGCUUGCUUCAUUCCUACCUAUAGCUCAUCCUAAAUUUUUUUGUUGUACUUGUAAAUUAAUUAAAUUAGCAAGACUUGGCUACUGCUGGUGAAUUUAUAUUGAUAAGAACACUUCUGCAUUUUUAAUGACAUAAGUACUAAAUCUGGGUGACUUUAUUGGCCUAUAACUAGUUUGAUUUUCCUCCAGGGCGUAGGCAGAGACUCUCCUGAUGGAAAACCUGUUAAUGAGCUUGAGGAGAAUGAAUAUCAAGAGGUGUCCAAAUCUCAGCAAAGGGAAGAACUAAGACAGACUCCUUUAGAGAGAUGGCUAGAUAAUGACUUCUAUAAACAAGCACCGUCCUCUAUCUCCAGUGAUUCCUUAAGCCCUAACAAUGGCAGGCAAGAGGUUGAUGGAAUUUCUGAGUCGCCGAGCGGGAAAUUUUUACAGUUUGUUGAAAGGGAAUGUAGACCAUCUGGCAGCCAGACGGAUUUGAAAGAUUUUGCGUCCAUAGGCUCACAAACCGAUCUCUUAAGCGAGAUCGAGGAAAUAGAUUUGAAGGAAAUCUUAUCGAAAGGA